AAGAAAAAAAAUAAUGUUUUUUUUUCAUUAUAAAUUACAAUAAACUUCUACCUAGGUAAACAUUUUAGAAGAAAAAUCAGUUCAUCAAUGUUGUAAUAUUACUUUGAUUUUAUUAAAUAACAUUAUUCGUACUAAAUUACUAAAAUAAGUAAUACAUAGCAAUAUUGCUAAAUAAGUGUACCGAAAGUGUGGUUAUGUUUAUUCCUAAUCUUCAUUCUUUUCUUCAAUUUUAAUGUCUUUCAAAUGAAAAUAAUGGCCAAUUUCGAAAACUUAUCAUCAACUGAGAAAAUUCGCGCUGCCCUUCAUAGAGAUGUACGGUCCAUGUGCUCAGAAGCUUGCCAUUUAUUAGGACUGGAUGUAACCAAACCAGCAAUGGCCGUGAUAUCAGAAUUAAUUUACAAAAAACUAAUUGUGUACGGGUCCGAUUUAGAAGCGUUUGCCAAACAUGCAAAACGAACCAUUAUAAAUUCUGAUGACGUCAAAUUAUUGGUGAGGAGGAAUCCUUCAUUGAAAGCUCGCUUAAACAACGCUCAGUCUUCAAUCAAAGCAACAGUUGUUAGAGAUAAACGUCGAAAAACAGUAGUUCCCGUAAAUAAACAAACAGAUACGACUAAAGAGAGACCAAAGGAGGACGAAAUAGCUGUAUCAAAAUCAAAGGAAACGGAAAGAGAGGCAAAUAAAAUAAAUGAUAAUUUAGAAAUGGAAGUUAGUGAAAUGAUUGAUUUAACAUUUGAUUAAAGUUUAAUUUUUUUAUA